AUUAUUGUGCAGUGGUGUCUAAAUGUUGGAAUGUAUAGUGGUACGAGUGGGAAGCUUGUAUGGUGGCAGAGAAGCCAUGCGGUUUGGUUUAAUUUGGUUUGGUGGGCGCGUGGUUGCUUAGAUGAUCUUGGGGAGCUCGUCGGCGUUGUCCCGGAAGGACCGGGCGCCGCCGUCCUCCAGGGAGAGGUCUCCCUCCCGCGUUUGGCGUUGCUUCUGGUUCUCUUCGUAGAACCGGUAGCCAAAGACCGCGCCGGCGGCGCAGACGCCGAUCAGAAAGAGCGACAAAAAGGUUUUUCCGACCGCGGACAUGCCCUUCUUGGGCGCCAGGGCGGCGUUGGAGACCAUCUCGUUGACGAGGUCGAAGUUGUCGAGCCACUCCCGCUCUCCGUUCUCCCAGUCGAUGGAGUACUCGCCGUUGUUGAAGCCGCUGAUCUCUCCGUACCAGAGGUUGUCGUCCUCCGUGAUGGCGACGGGGGUUCCGACCUUCCAGAGGUCUUCUUCCUCAAAGUACGAGUCGGGGGGGGCGUCGUCGUCCUUGUUGGAGUAGGAAGCCAUGUUGCCCAGGGCCUGCAUGUCUUCGGCGUUGCUAGAUUCGUAGUACUCGAGCUCGUCCUCGUCCUCCCACUCGACAACGUAGCUUCCGUCGUCAAAGUCGACGACUUCUCCCUCGACCCACUCGCCGUCCUCGUAGUCCGAGACGGGGGUGCCGAGGGGGAACUUGGGUCCGCUGCCGACGGAUUCCGGGACUUCGUCGUCGUCUGCCAUGUAGUCCUCGACGGCCUGCUUGAGUUCCUCCAGGUCGUCCCCAAAGUCAUCGUAUUCGUUGGUGCUUCCGUCCUUCCACUCGAUGGUGUAGGUGUUGUCGGAGUAGUCCGAGACGGUUCCGUCCCACCACUCUCCGUCUUCAAAGACCGAGACGGGGGUUCCGACGGCAAUGUCUCCCGAGGAAGAACCGCUGUCGGAAGGACCGCCGUCGAAACCCUCGGGGGCCUCGUCGUCGUCGCCGAGGGCGUCCUGGACCAUCUGGUCCAUGAUGGAUCCGGCGGCGAUUUCUUCGAUCUCGCCGUCUUCGUCCCACUCCACGGUGUAGGUGCCGCUUCCGUAUUUGAUGAUGACGCCGUCGUACCACUCACCGUCCUCGAACAUGGAGACCGCAGUUCCGGUGGGGUAGGAACCCGACUGGUCCGUGGAUCCGCCGGCGGGGUUGUUCUGGGGGUCGUUCUGGGCGUAGGCGACCAUUUCGUCGAUCUUGUCGCCGUCGUCGUAGUAGUCCGUGGAGCCGUCCUCCCAGGUCACCGUGUACAUCUCGGCGACGGGGUCGUAGGCGGUGAUGGUGCCGGACCACCAGCCCUGGUUGGGGAAUUCGUUGUAGACCUUCGUGCCGGUGUCCCAGGGCUCCUGGUCGUCGAGUUUUCGUCGAGACUGGGUGAGAUCCCUGGGUUCCGGGGGAGUAAGCGCCACGGCCGCUUCGGAUCCGGCCUCGGAGGCCGCGGAGGCUACCGAUAAGAGAGCGGCAAAGGUUACGAGCAGUUGGGGGGAAAAGGUCUUCAUGGUGGAUGGUCGGAGGGAUGGAUUGAAGAGACGGUGGUAAAAAAGAAUAACCAGUGGACGAACAAACCUUUUGCCAAAAAAAGAAAAGUCCUGCGAUUCUGGCUUCGAAGCGAAUCCAUGCCGCAGCGUACGCGUGCAUAAGGUACAAGUACCUACGCAAAAGCAAUUGCGGUGCCCUGUGCUGCGCUGCGCUGCAUGUCGUAUAUGUAUUCCGUGUGGUAGCGCCAGAUACCUCCGAGUACCGUUCCGUACGUACGGUAGGUGAAAGGUUUGGAUUCGAUUCCCUUCCCUGCGGGAUGCGGGCAUUGCCCCGCCAAAAAAUAGAGUUUGAAAAGGGUG